CCACACAUUCUCCUUUCCAGUCUCUUGUGGCACAAACACUCGGAGUUUGAGAGAGAGAGAGAGUGAGAGAGGAGAGAGAGGCUCAUGGCUGCCAUCUGCGGUCGAGUCCCUCUUUCGCCAAACCAUGGAUUCAAUCUCAACAAGUCAGGUGAUAAACAUUAUUUCUACAGACAAAGUCCAAAUCGGAGCAUCUUGAUGACAGCAUCGAGCACCAGGCUUGGCACAGGUGGUGGGGUGUUGGACAAGCCAACCAUAGAGAAAACAACUCCUAAUCGUGACUCUGAAUUUGACGUGAGGAAAUCAAGGAAAAUGUCUCCGCCAUACCGAGUGAUGCUGCACAAUGACAACUAUAACAAGAGGGAGUACGUUGUCCAAGUUCUGAUGAAGGUCAUCCCAGGAAUGACUGUCGACAUUGCGGUGAACGUGAUGCAGGAGGCGCAUCACAACGGCCUGGCUGUCGUAAUUGUGUGUGCUCAGGUGGAUGCAGAAGAUCACUGCAUGCAGCUCAGAGGCAACGGGCUUUUAAGCUCCGUUGAGCCCGCCAGUGAUGGAUGUUGAGAGUACUGCUAGAGUCUAUUAGUAUCAUCAUCAUCAUAAAUAAUAAACCAAAUAUUUACACACAGAAUUGCAGUAUAAGUUAAUUUGGCAUUGAAUUUGUGCUGCUUUUAUGUGCAUAUAACUUGCUCACAUUAAAGGAACUGUUUCAUGGUAUAAUACUAGCAGUUCAGGGCAUA